AUGGUUGCCAAAAUAAUAGACAUUUCCUGGCGUGCAAAGUUCAUCCUGCCCAAAGAUAUCACGUACCCGAUACAAUUUCUUGUCCCUGCCGGUGCAUCGCUCACUUUUCAAAAUAAUGGCGACCAUGACACAUACUGGGCGGCUGUGGAGGCAUGGCACAAACGUCUCCUCGUUUGGGAUGGUCUUCCUGGAAUCAGCACUUUCUUCGGCAUCACCAGUGAUCUUUUCACACUUUACUCCGCUGCUUUACCCGAUCAACCAGAGUCUACAAUCGCAGCGCAAUUUGAUCCAUUUAUCCAGGAGCUGGAGGAACUGGGACUAACCUAUACCUACGAGACAAACGAGCAGCCAUCUUACUAUGAUCACUUUGCCUACUACACGCCAGAUCUCCCUUAUGGAGACUAUGCGACAAACUCAACGAUCGGUGGAAGACUGAUUGCCCGAGACACUGUGCGUGAUAAUCUUUCUGAUUUAACUGCUGCCUACCGCAAUAUCACCGCACUACCAGGAUACCGUAUCAACGGCAUUGCUGCCAACGUCACACAUUCUCGAGUCGGCAACACCCCCGCAUCAAAUGCUGUCGUUCCCGCUUGGCGUGAUGCUUUAUACUCUGCCAAUAUGGACGUCUAUGUGGCCCCAACUUUUUCACUUGGCAUUUUACUCGAACACCAGGCACAGAUGAACCACAAUCAGGAUCUUUUAAGAUCUAUCACACCGAAUGGGGGUACGUACCUCAAUGAAGCGACCUUCGACAACCCAACCUGGAAGGAAGACUAUUUUGGAAGUAAUUAA